AGAGAGAGAGAGAAGAGAGAGAGAGAGAGGGGGGAUAUUGUGUGUGUGGCCAAGGAAAAGGCAGGUUGUGUAAGAGUGAGAGAGGACAGAAGCAAAAUAUUUGAGAAAGACUAGUUUACUAGAGGGAGAAGUGUGAGCUAGAGGAAUACAGGUUACAAAGAAAAAUAGGAAUACAGAAAGGGAGAGAGGGACAGAAACAAGUCAUAGCAGCUGCUUCAGACCAUCAGAGGACUGAGCCAAAGGGAACAGGAGAGAGUUUCUGCGCCAUGGGCAAAUCAGCUUCUAAGCAGUUUUCGGGGGAGGUGUUGCAUAGUCAUAACGAGUAUCGUAGGAAGCACCAGGCGCCCCCUCUGAAGCUGAACAGCAAGCUGAGUAGAGAUGCCACUAGGUAUGCUGAGUCUCUGGCCAGCACACGGAUCCUGAAGCACAGUGUUGAGUCCAGUAAGGGGAGCUGUGGCGAGAACCUGGCCUGGGCCUCCUAUGACCAACCAGGGAAGGAUGUGGCCGACCGCUGGUAUGACGAGGUAAAACAAUACAACUUCAACCGCCCCGGCUUCUCCUCUGGCACAGGUCAUUUCACAGCAAUGGUGUGGAAGGGCAGUAAGAAGCUGGGUGUGGGGAAGGCCAGUGCGCCAGAUGGCUCGUCAUUCGUGGUAGCCAGGUACUUUCCAGCAGGGAACAUCACCAACCAGGGACACUUUGACAACAACGUCCUGCCGCCCAAGGACUGAGGAACAUACUGACCCAUCACUCUCAUCCCCCAGGAGCUGACCAUCAAAAGACAUUUGCACUUUGACUUGACUUUAUAUACAGUGGCAAGAAAAAGUAUGUGAACCCUUUGGAAUUACCUGGAUUUCUGCAUAAAUUGGUCAUCAAAUUUGAUCUGAUCUUCAUCUAAGUCACAACAACAGACAAACAUAGUGUGGUAAACGAAUAACACACAAAGAAUUGUAUUUUUCUUGUCUAUAUUGAAUACAUAAUUUAAACAUUCACAGUGUAUGUUGAAAAAAGUAUGUGAACCUCUAGGCUAAUGUCUUCUCCAAAAGAUCAUUGGUGUCAGUAGUCAGCUAUCCUGGAGUCCAAUCUAUGAGACGAGAUUGGAGAUGUUGGUUAGAGCUGCCUUGCCCUAUUAAAAACACACGCAAAUUUGAGUUUGCUUCUCACAAGAAGCAUUGCCUGAUGUGAACCAUGCCUCGAACAAAAGAGAUUAAGAAUUGUUAACUUGCAUAAAGCUGUAAAGGGUUACAAAAGUAUCUCUAAAAUCCUCGAUGUUCAUCAGUCCACAGUAAGACAAAUUGUCUAUAAAUGGAGAAAGUUCAGCACUGUUGCUACUCUCCCUAGGAGUGGUCGUCCUGCAAAGAUGACUGCAAGAGCACAGCACAGAAUGCUCAACAUAUAUAAAUCUCUGUAACAUAAUAACAUCUCUGUUACCGAGUCUACGAUAGUAAAACACUAAACAAGAAUGGUGUUAAGUGGAGAACACCACAGAAGAAGCCACUGCUGUCCAGAAAAACAUUGCUGCACAUCUGAAGUGCACCUGGAUGUUCCAAAAUGUUCUGUGGACAGAUGAAACUACAGAUGAGUUGUUUGGAAGGACACAACACUAUGUGUGGAGAAAAAAAGGCACAGUACACCAACAUCAAAACCUCAUCCCAACUGUAAAGUAUGGUGGAGGGAGCAUCAUGGUUUGGGGCUGCUUUGCUGCCUCAGGGCCUGGACAGCUUGCUAUCACCGACGUAAAAAUGAAGUCCUAAGUUUAUCAAGACAUUUUGCAGGAGAAUGUUGGGCUAUCUGUCCACCAAUUGAAGCUCAACAGAAGUUGGGUGAUGCAACAGGACAACGACCCAAAACACAGAUGUAAAUCAACAACAGAAUGGAUUCAACAGAAGAAAAUACGCCUUCUGGAGUGGCCCAGUCAGAGUCCUGACCUCAACCCGAUUGAGAUGCUGUGGCAUGCCCUCGAGAGCAGUUCACACCAGACAUCCCAAGAAUAUUGUUGAAGUGAAACAGUUUUGUAAAAGGAAUGGUCCAAAUUUCCUCCUGACCGUUGUGCAGGUAUGAACCGCAACUACAGAAAACGUUUGGUUGACGUUAUUGCUGCCAAAGGAGGGUCAACCAGUUAUUAAAUCCAAGGGUUCUCAUACUUUUUGCACCCUGCACUGUGAAUGUUUACACAGUGUGUUCAAUAAAGACAUGAAAAUGUAUAAUUGUCUGUGUGUUAUUAGUUUAAGCAGACUUUGUCUAUUGUUGUGACCUAGAUGAAGAUCAGAUCAAAUUGUAUGAGCAAUUUAUGCAGAAAUCCAGGUAUUUCAAAAGGGUUCACAUACUUUUUCUUGCCACUGUGUGUGUGUGUGUGUGUGUGUGUGUGUGUGUGUGUGUGUGUGUGUGUGUGUGUGUGUGUGUGUGUGUGUGUGUGUGUGUGUGUGUGUGUGUGUGUGUGCGUGUGCGCGUGUGUGUGUGUGUGUGUGUGUGUGUGUGUGUGUGUGUGUGUGUGUGUGUGUGUGUGUGUGUGUGUGUGUGUGUGUGUGCGUGUGUGCGUGUAUGUGUGUGUGCGUGUGUGCGUGUAUGACAAAACCACUGUGACUAACAAAUGCAUAAAAUGUAUAUUAUUAUGCACACCAUUGACCAAACCCAGACCAUGGCAGCUGUGCCUUCUGGAGGUUUACCGGCCACCCAACUGCAUUUCGACCUACUCAUUCCAUCGUUAGUGGGGAUAGAGAUUCACCUGUGAUGUUGCUACAGUAAUCUACUCACUUAGACAUUUCCUGAAUGCUUAAACCUUUGGUGACUGGAUUGUAUUUGUAAGGAAACAGUUGAGUUGAGAGAGCCUAUACAAACAAUUAGAUUCUAAUGCUGUAGGAUACAUAGUAAAAUCAUUUCUGUUGAAUAUAUAUAUAUAUAUAUAUAUAUAUAUAUAUAUAUAUAUAUAUAUACACAGUACCAGUCAAAAGUUGACACACCUACUCAUUCAAGGGUUUUUAUUUAUUUUUACUAUUUUCUACAUUGUCGAAUAUAGACAUCAUAACUAUGAAAUAACACAUACAGAAUCAUGUAGUAACCAAGAAAGUGAUAAUUAAACAAAUCAAAAUACAUUUUAGAUUCUUCAAAGUAGCCACCCUUUGCCUUGAUGACACCUUUGCACUCUUGGCAUUCUCUCAACCAGCUUCACCUGGAAUACUUUUCCAACAGUCUUGAAGGAGUUUCCACAUAUGCUGAUCACUUGUUGGCUACUUUUCCUUCACUCUGCAGUUCAACUCAUCCCAAACCAUCUCAAUUGGGUUGAGGUCAGGUGAUUGUGGAGGCCAGGUUAUCUGACAUGGCACUCAUCACUCUCCUUCUUGGUCAAAUAGCCCUUGCACAGCCUGGAAGUGUGGUGAGUUAUUGUCCUGUGGGGAAAAAAACGAUAGUCCCACAAAGCGCAAACCAGAUGGGAUGGUGUAUCACUGCAGAAUGCUGUGGUAGCUAUGCUAGUUAAGUGUGCCUUGAAUUCUAAAUAAAUCACUGACAGUGUCACCAGCAAAGCACCAUCACACCACCUCCUUCAUGAUUCACGGUGGGAACCAUACAAGCAGAGAUCAUCCGUUCACCUACUCUGCGUCUCAGAAAGACACGGCAGUUGGAACCAAAAAUCUCAACUUUGGACUCAUCAGACCAAAGGACAGAUUUCCACCAGUCUCAUGUCCAUUGCUAGUGUUUCUUGGCCCAACCAAGUCUCUUCUUCUUAUUGGUGCCCUUUAGUAGUGGUUUCUUUGCAACAAUUCGACCAUGAAGUCCUGAUUCACACAGUCUCCUCUGAACAGUUGAUGUUGAGUUAUGUCUGUUACUUGAACUGUGUGAAGCAUUUAUUUGGGCUGUGAUUUCUGAGGCUGAUAACUCUAAUGAACUUAUCCUCUGCAGCAGAGGUAACUCUGGGUCUCCCUUUCCUGUGGCGGUCCUCAUGAGAGCCAGUUUCAUCAUAGCACUUGAUGGUUUUUGCGACUGCACUUGAAGAAACUUUCAAAGUUCUUGAAAUGUUCCCAAUUGACUGACCUUCAUGUCUUAAAGUAAUGAUGGACUGUUGUUUCUCUUUGCUUAUUUGAGCUGUUCUUGCCAUAAUAUGGACUUGGUCUUUUACCAAAUAGAGCUAUCUUCUGUAUACCACCCCUAGCUUGUCAUAAUACAACUGAAUGUCUCAAAUGCAUUUAGGAGGAAAGAAAUUCCACAAAUUAACUUUUAAGAAGGCACACCUGUUAAUUGAAAUGCAUUCCAGGUGACUACCUCAUGAAGCUGUUUGAGAGAAUGCCAAGAGUGUGCAAAGCUGUAAUCAAGGCAAAUAUCUCAAAUGUAAAAUAUAUUUAGAUUUGUAUAACACGUUUUUGGUUACUACAUGAUUCCAUAUGUGUUAUUUCAUAGUUUUGAUGUCUUCACUAUAAUUCUACAAUGUAAAAUAGUACAAAUAAAGAAAAGCACUGGAAUGAGUAGGUGUCCAAACUUUUGAUUGGUACUGUGUUUAUAUAUACACUAAAGGUUCAAAGUUUGGGGUCACUUAGAAAUGUCCUUGUUUUUGAAAGAAAAGCAAAAGUUCUGUCCAUUUAAAAUAACAAAAUGUAUCAGAAAUACAGUGUAGACAUUGUUAAUGUCGUAAAUGACUACUGUAGCUAGAAACGGCUGAUUUUUAAUGGAAUAUCUGCAUAGACGAACAGAGGCCCAUUAUCAGCAACCAUGACUCCUGUGUUCCAAUGGCAAAUUGUGCAGAACAGUGCAAACUGGCUCUAACCAGAAUAGAAAGAGGAGUGGGAUGCCUCGGUGCACAACUGAGCAAGAGGACAAGUACAUUAGUGUGCCUAGUUUGAGAAACAGACGGCUCACAAGUCUUCAACUGGCAGCUUCAUCAAAUAGUACCCGUGAAGGGAGUAGUACAUAGCAUUGUACGAGAUCUUCAGCUUCUUGACAAUUUCUCGCAUGGAAUAGCCUUCAUUUCUCAGAACAAGAAUAGACUGACGAGUUUCAGAAAAAAGGAUUUGUUUCUGGCCAUUUUGAGCCAGUAAUCGAACCCACAAAUGCUGAUGCUCCAGAUACUCAACUAGUCUAACGGACAGUUUUAUUGCUUAUUUAAUCAGAACAACAGUUUUCAGCUGUACUAACAUAAUUUCUAAAUGUUAUUCUAAUGAUCAAUUAGCCUUUUAAAAUGAUAAACUUGGAUUAGCUAACACAACGUGCCAUUGGAACACAGGAGUGAUCAUUGCUGAUAAUGGACCUCUGUACGCCUAUGUAGAUGUUCCCUUAAAAAUCAUCCGUUUCCACCUACAAUAGUAAUUUACAACUUUAACAAUGUCUACACUGUAUUGCUGAUCAGUUUUAUGUAAUUUUAAUGGACAAAAAAUGUGCUUUUCUUUCAAAAACAAGGACAUUUCUAAGUGACCCCAAACUUUUGAACGGUAGUGUAUAUACGUACGGUAUAUAUAAUGUUUAACUCAUGGUGGGCAUGUUUUUGUGAGUUUGAUUUAAAUUGACCUGUUUUAUGAACUGAACACUUGUUUGACUGUAUGUUUUGUAUUCUGUUUUGUAUUUUAAGUUUGAUAUUUUAACCAGUUUUAUGUAAUAAAUGUGACUGCUUGUAAAAUGCCCCAUUUUCACUAUACAGUUGAAGUCAGAAGUUUACAUACACCUUAGCCAAAUACAUUUAUAUUUAGUUUUUCCACAAUUCCUGACAUUUAAUCCUAGUAAAAAGUCCCUGUCUUAGGUCAGUUAGGAUGACCACUUUAUUUUAAGAAUGUGAAAUGUCAGAAUAAUAGUACAGAGAAUGAUUUAUUUCAGCAUUUAUUUAUUUCAUCACAUUCCCAGUGGGUCAGAAGUUUACAUACACUCAGUUAGUAUUUGGUAACGUUGCCUUUAAAUUGUUUAACUUGAGUCAAAUGUUUCUGGUAGCCUUCCACAAGCUUCCCACAAUAAGUUGGGUGAAUUUUGGCCCAUUCCACCUGACAGAAUGGUGUAACUGAAUUAGGUUUGUGGGCCUUCUUGCUCGCAUAUGCUUUUUCAGUUCUGCCCACACAUUUUCUAUAUGAUUGAGGUCAGGGCUUUGUGGUGGCCACUCCAAUACCUUGAAAAGUUGUCCUUAAGCCAUUUUGCCACAACUUUGGAAGUAUGCUUGUGGUCAUCGUCCAUUUGGAAGACCCAUGCGACCAAGCUUUAACUUCCUGACUGAUGUCUUGAGAUGUUGCUUCAAUAUAUCUACAUCAUUUUCCUACCUCAUGAUGCCAUCUAUUUUGUGAAGUGCACCAGUCCCACCCUCUCUUCGGCUUGUAAGCAUCCCCCAUUUUCCUCCAAACAUAACGAUGGUCAUUAUGGCCAAACAGUUCUAUUUUUGUUUCAUUGGACCAGAGGACAUUUCUCCAAAAAGUACGACCUUUGUCCACAUAUGCAGUUGCAAAACGUAGUCUGGAUUUUUAUGGCGGUUUUGGAGCAGUGGUUUCUUCCUUGCUUGAGCGACCUUUCAGGUUAUGUCGAUAUAGGACUCGUUUUAUUGUGGAUAAAGAUACAUUUGUACCUGUUUCCUCCAGCAUCUUCACAAGGUCCUUUGCUGUUGUUCUGGGAUUGAUUUGCACUUUUCACACCAAAGUAAGCUCAUCCCUAGGAGACAGAAUGCGUUUCCUUCUUGAGCGGUAUGACGGCUGUGUGGUCCCAUGGUGUUUAUACUUGCGUACUAUUCUUUGUACAGAUGAACAUGGCACCUUCAGGCAUUUGGAAAUUGGUCCCAAGGAUGAACCCGACUUGUGGAGGUCUACAAUUCUUUUUCUGAGGUCUUGGCUGAUUUAAUUUGAUUUUCCCAUGAUGUCAAGCAAAGAGGUGCUGUGUUUGAAGAUAGGCCUUGAAAUACAUCCACAGGUACACCUCCAAUUCACUCAAAUGGUGUAAAUUAGCCUAUCAGAAGCUUCUAAAGCCAUGACACUUUUGGGAAUUUUCCAAGCUGUUUAAAGGCACAGUCAACUUAGUGUAUGUAAACUUCUGACCCACUGGAAUUGUGACACAGUUAAUUAUAAGUGAAAUCAUCUGUCUGUAAACAAUUGUUAGAAAAAUGACUUGUGUCAUGCACAAAGUAGAUGUCCUUCCAACUUGCCAAAA